GAGAGAGAGAGAGCGCGAGAGAGAGAGAGAGAGAGAGAGAGAGUGGGGGCAAAGCGUUUCAGACAGAGCAAACAGAGGGACCGACUAGACCGUGUGCGCGCGCGUCGGUGUGUGUCAUGAGAGAGCGAGAGGAGUGUGUGUGUGUGUGUGUGUGUGUGUGUGUGUGUGUGUGUGUGCGCGCGCGCGCGUCGUCUGUCUGCCUCUCUACACCUUCAGCCAGACAGUAGAGGUGGAUUUUGGUCCAUGAUGAUGAUGAUGAUCGGUACAGCAGGGCGGUAUAUCGCGAUAAAGAACAAUGCAGGAUAAAAGCACGAGAGUGUGAGAGCACGAGGAAGGUGUGUCAGCGAUCAUCAUCAUCAUCAUCAUCAUCAUCAGGCUCGAGAAAGAGAGAGAGAGAGAGAAAUCCACCUCUACACCUCUUCAUCUCCAUCACUCCGGUGUCUUGAUCGAUCUCAUGGUAUCGAGAGAGAAAAAAAGUGAUCGCGUGCACACUCGGAUUAAAUACCGGAUCUUUUUAUCCAGAAAAAAACCCGACGUUCGGCUUUAAUUCCGAGCUCGAAUCCGAACCCAACUCCUCCCUCUCCUGCCGGUUUUCUCAUCUCCCCCCGCCCCCCCUCCCCCUCCUCUCUAUGCUCAGCUCGGUGUGCGUGUCGUCGUUCCGAGGGCGCAAGGCGGGUAACCAGUCGUCCAACAAGGCAUGCGGGAGCGCCGACAUGCCGUGCCCGGCGGACAGCGAGCGCAUCGUCAUCAACUGCGGCGGCGUGCGCCACGAGACCUACCGCAGCACGCUGCGCACGCUCCCCGGCACGCGCCUCGCGUGGCUCACCGAGCCCGACGCGCCGAGCAACUUCGACUACGACGCGGCGGCCGACGAGUUCUUCUUCGACCGGCACCCGGCGGUGUUCGCCUUCGUGCUCAACUACUACCGCACCGGAAAGCUGCACUGCCCGGGGGACGUGUGCGGGCCGCUCUUCGAGGAGGAGCUCGCGUUCUGGGGCAUCGACGAGACGGACGUGGAAGCCUGCUGCUGGAUGAACUACCGGCAGCACCGUGACGCCGAGGAGGCGCUCGACAGCUUCGAGACGCCCGAGCCGGACCCGCCGGAUGACGACGCCGUCGCCGCGCUCGCCGGCGGUGCCGACGGAGACCUGCGGCGCCUCUGCCUGCACGAGGACGGCCGCAAAGUGGGCUGGUGGCGCGUGUGGCAGCCCAGAAUCUGGGCGCUUUUCGAGGAUCCGUAUUCGUCCAAGUACGCGCGGUACGUGGCAUUCGGCUCGCUGCUCUUCAUCCUCAUCUCCAUCUCGACGUUCUGCAUGGAGACGCACGAGGCGUUCAACACCCUCUACAACCGGACGGAGAACGUGACCGUGGGCAAUGUGACGCGCGAGGAGGUCGUCUACGAGGUGGUGACAGACAGCUGGCUGACCUACGUGGAGGGCGUGUGCGUGAUCUGGUUCACCAUCGAGGUGUUCACGCGCGUCGUCUUUUGCCCGGACAAGGCCGAGUUCUUCAAGAGCGCGCUGAACAUCAUUGACUUCGUGGCCAUCUUGCCGUUCUACCUGGAGGUCGGUCUGAGCGGCCUCUCGUCCAAGGCGGCCAAGGACGUACUGGGCUUUCUGCGCGUCGUCCGGUUCGUGCGCAUCCUGAGGAUCUUCAAGCUCACGCGCCAUUUUGUCGGGCUGCGCGUUCUUGGCCAUACGCUUCGUGCCAGCACCAACGAGUUUCUCCUGCUAAUCAUCUUCCUCGCCCUUGGAGUGCUCAUCUUUGCCACCAUGAUCUACUAUGCCGAGCGCAUCGGCGCCAGCCCCAACGACCCCACGGCUAGCAACCACACCAGUUUCAAGAACAUCCCUAUUGGGUUCUGGUGGGCCGUGGUCACCAUGACGACCCUGGGCUACGGUGAUAUGUACCCAGAAACUUGGUCCGGCAUGUUGGUGGGCGCUCUGUGUGCCCUGGCCGGCGUGCUCACCAUUGCCAUGCCUGUGCCCGUCAUUGUCAACAACUUCGGCAUGUACUACUCCCUGGCCAUGGCCAAACAGAAGCUGCCCAAGAAGAAGAAUAAACACAUCCCCCGAGCCCCGCAACCCGGCUCGCCCAACUACUGCAAGCCUGACGCCCUGGCUAUGGCCACCGCCUCGCCUCAGAGGAUCCUGGGUAAUGUGUUGGGCGGGGUCAUUGGCUCGGGUGGCCUCACCGGAGACUGUCCACUUGCUCAGGAGGAGAUCAUAGAAAUAAACAGAGACUCGAAGCAGAACGGUGAUGCGGCGAGUGCGGCGCUGGCGAACGAGGACUGUCCCACCAUAGACCAGGUGUUGAGUCCGGACGAGCGAAGUCCUUUGGGACGGACACGUGAGCGCUACCAACAGGACCGAGCCUGCUUCCUGCUCAACACACGUGACUUCAGACCUGCGGAAUCCAACGUCCGGAAAGGCCGCCAGUGCAGCGCCAGUAUUUCUUAGCUGUGUGACUGUGGUGUUAAGUUUCUAGCGUUCGCCGAUUCUUUAAAGAAGACACGGUUAAGUGUUUUCCGAGUUUACGGACGGAGGCGCAUCAUCCAGAUGCGACGUUUGAGGAACGUUGGUAUGGCGAAAAGAAUUUUUUUUUCCCCCAGACGAAAAGACAUGGAUAAAAGGGGAAAAAAAAAAAGAAAAAAAAAAAAACACCUGAGGCUGGAUCUUCAAACACAGUAACCAAAGCAACCUCUUGGAAUUCUGGACCCGUUCCUUGUUCUACAGAAAGACUUCCUAAAUCACAGAGAGAGAGAGAGAGAGACACUGGGCUAUUUUCGAUCAGAUUUAGAAAGGAAAGUUAUGAGAAAAAAAAAAAUCAAGCAAAAACAUUCCAUGAUGCUUCGUGUCUGCCGUACGAGAUCGAAAAAAAAAAAAAAAAAGAAAACACCAGAAAAACUCCGCCUGCUACGAUAAUCUGCAGUUCCGGAGCUCCACACGGACCGAGCUAGAUUAAUCAUGUAGCAUCUCUGCUAACCCUUUGUAGCAUUUGUUGGUUAGAGAAUCCUCUCCAGCAAUUUUUAGAGACUUGGAUAUUCAUUAACGGUUUGCACACACCGACUAACGACCACUUGGUCACGCACAAACCUUUAUCGUUUUUAGCAUUCCGGAGGAACUUGCCGUCAGCAUUACUGUCCUGUGUAGUUUUUUCUUUUUUUUACACGACCCCCGUAACUUGUACGUGUGUGUCUGUGUGUGUGUACAUAUAUAGUACAUUCCUGAUUGUUUUUUUGACUUUUUUAUGAUAUGGGUUGCUAUUCUGACAUGAGUCUUCCAUUCUUUAUCAUCAGUUCAGAAAAGGCAACUCGUUUAAUCCGCCAGACCAAAGCCCUCAACUGACAAAUCCAGAGCCCAACAUCAGUUUCUUAGCUACCAUACUCUGUUUUAAUAGGUGAAUUUCCAUAGGUGACCAGGCGUAGCAGGAUGGCUAAUGCUCAAUGCGCAAAUCUCCGCCAAGCUUACUUAUUAGCAGCAACGACAAUGCGUUUCUCUGAGAAGACCCCGUUCCUCUAAAGUCUUUCUUUGAAACUGAUUACUUGAUUUUUUUAUUGUUAGUAUUAUUAAUAUUAUGAAUAGUAGUAGUAGAAAUAGAGCUAAAGCUGCCAUAGUGAAUCCAUGUGCACAUCAACACUUGACUGACACACUGCCACAUCAUCGACGACCGCUCGGACCAAUAACGUGUGCAUGCUAAACACCCCUACCCCUUUUUUUUUUUUUAGACAGAUGGAGGUCUAAAAAGCUCCUGUCAUACCUUUCGCUCGGUCUCGAUGUCCUUGAAAUGUCCUUCAAGGAGAUUGGGUAUUUCCGUUUAAAAAAAGAAAUAAAAAAAAAUAGGAGGACAAAUGUACAAUGUAGAAUAUAUUUUGAUAAGUGGGCGGGAGAAAUAAAAGAAGAGCAGUUGUGCACCCAAGGAAACAAAAGAAAAAUAACACUGCGUCUGAAAAAAAAAAAAAGACCCUUGCGAUUCAAAACUGCGACGGCUUCCGCGAUUUGUCCGUAGGAAAGCAGACUGAAAAAAUAAUACAAAUAAAAAAUACUAAAUAUAUAAAGAGCUCCUGAAAAUAAAGGAAGCAUGAACACUGGGCAAGUGGAGAUCAGAAUAAAUUAAUAAAUAAAAAGAGAAAAUAAUGCAAGGACAAAUCUAAAAAAAAAAAAAAAGAAAUUAAAAAAAGAAAUAAAAUUUUUUAUAACUUUGUUUACCAGCAUGAGUUCUUCGCAUGAGGUUUUUUUUUUUUCUUUCUAAAAGCCCUUAGUUGAAUUAAGGAGGGCUUUAAAAAAAAAAAAAAGAUCAAAUAAAAAUAAUAUGCAAGGAAUAUAUAUAAAAAAAGAUUAUAUUAAAAAAAGAGCUAUAUUUUGUUUUUGAAAUAGUAAAAAAUCUGUAAAUAAAUAUCGAAAUGUUAAUAUAUGUACGACUGCAAGAAAAACUGCUUUUUUUCGAAGGUUGAAAAAAAAAAAAAGUCCAAUUUUUUUUUUUUCUUCCUUCUUGCCCCGCUUCUUCUGACUCCCACGUCGACGUCACUCGUCCACGAAUGCACAUUUCGCAGGCAUGAGUGUGUGAUCUGUCGUCUGGUAGUGUUCAAGUGCUGAGAGCCUUUUUUUAUUAUUUAUUUAUUUUUUACUUAUUUAUUUCUUCUGUAGCCAAUGUGGUGCUGAUUCUCCGGCCUUCCUUAUUUUUUUCAAUCCAGCUGCCGCCGCCUUUUUUUUCCCAGCAUGCUUUGCUAAGCAAAAAUGAUCUAUCCACACAUCUCAUUCUCAAGUCUGACUCGAGUCGAAGUGGCAAUAAAAAAAUAAAAAAACGACGACGAUAAUGAUGCGAAUGCUGUGGACGUUGUAGAAGGGUGUUAUGGGAAAUUUUCUUUUUAUAGACAACAGAUUGUCUAGUCUCAGGUGAAAAAAAAAAAGAAGAAGAAAGAAGACAGUUGGCUGUCUUUGCUUGCAUUCCAGUCCACCUGUCUGUCCACCUUUUUGUCUCUCUUUCUCUUUUUUAUCGUACCGUAGCCGAAAAGUUCGGAAAAACGAACAGCAGCAAUACGGAAAUCGCGCGAUUCGAAGACGUCUUUUGCUCGAUCGCGUCCUCGGUUUCUUGCACAAUCCUGCAGUCUUUAGAAGUCUUCCGAUGCAGGUCCGACUGUGAGCAGAGGAGCAGGGACGCUUACCGUAUGCCCGGACGUAUUCGCAAGACGAAAACCUGGUGGCGCUGUGGAGCUGUUCGAUUUGAAAAAUCGAUUGUGUGUGUGGAGGCCUGGGAAAACCUGCAAACCGAAUUUUUUUUGGAACAUUCCAUUCCAUUCCACAGAUUCGUUCAAGAACGUUUGUAAAGGCGGGUACUGAUGUUGGUGAGGUUAGAAGGCCUGGGGUGCAGUCAGCAUUCGCCUUCAUCCAAAAGUUGUUUAGUAGCUCUAUAGCAAGAUAUCUUCCAUAUCAAGUUUGGGUCUCCUUGUUGAAGGACGCAUUCAAAGCCAUCCAAUACAGUUAAAAGUUCCAUAGAUUCCAUAUUUCUAUAUAGACGCAACAACGUAACAACAGGUAAGAACUGAACUGUGAGUGGGGGAACUGAAGAAAAGUCGGACCACGUGAUUCUCUUGGAGUUGUUCCGAGACCUCAUUGGUAUUCGUCUGUUUAUCGCGUAGAAAAUGUUUGCGUAGUCGUCGUAUGUUUGUCGGAAAGAAUUUGCUAGCGAGUGGAAUUUUUAGCGUGGACAAUACAUACCUCCAAACUUCUCCACGUGACCGGAUUUGCCUGUUUGACCCAAGCCCUCCAACACACCAUUUUGUCUCUGGUUUCCCGAUCGUCCGUCCCCACGUUGCUUCAGUAGCCUCGAUAACGUUCGAUCCUGUAUCACAGACUGGGCAGAUUUCUUUUUCAUCCGUAGCUCAAAAUUUGCAGGUGCCCAGAUCACGUGUGCGGACGUGAAAACGGCGUAUCGAGUGGCGCGGACGAACUUCGUUUGUUUGUUUUUUUCCUGAUGCCGAGAGGCGUUCGUAAUGUUUUGGCUCGUGUGUUAGACCGCAAACUGUAGCAGAGCGAUUUCCAGUAGCAACAACUGUGUGUGUGUGUGUAUGUGUGUGUGUGUGUGUGUGUGUGUGUGUAGCUGAGUGGCCCGAAAUAUUCGAUUUCGUUUUACACUCUCUGGCUGUGUUAGCGUCAAUUAUCGUCAUGACAUGCUGCCAUUUUGAAAAAAGACAAAGGAGUUUAAAAAGAGAGAGAGAGAGAUGGACGGGUUGACAGACGGACGGACGGGUUGAUAAAUGGACAGAGAGACCGAAAAAAAGCACAAAAGAGGUAUAACGUGGAAGAACGGUGAAGAACACUGUGUUUCAGACUGCCAGGUUUUUCAGAUGCUGCUAUGAAAGAAAAUAAGUGUGCUCAUAAAUACAUGCGUGUUUUAUAUACAGUACCGGUCAGACGAUCGUCUCGGACACGCCCACCGAAAAUUUGCAUGAAUCGAAUAUAUUCGAAUUCGCGCAACCUAAAAAAAAGAAAAAAAACAAUUACUGAAAGCCUUCAUGAAAGGGAUUGUGAAAUAUCCCAGAUUUUAUAUGAAGUUAGCUCCGCCCCACUAGGGGUAAAAAAAAAAAAAGCUACUUCGACGUCCUCGGUGAUGUUAUGAUAAGCCCCGCCCCUUGUCGUUUUCAAUCGGAACAAUUGAAAUUGUUUCACCUCAUAUAAGUAGCAGAGGGCAAAAAAUAAAUAAAUAAAUAAAUAAAUAAAUAAAACGGCUCCUCUAAAAUAUUAACGUUACAAUGUUACAAAUCGUCCUGUCUAGACGUCUAGACGUCUGCUCGGUACUUUAUAUACACUAAUACAAUUGUUUUGGGCUUUUAUUUUUUCGACUUCACGUUCAAAUCAACCAUGGGAAUACCUUUAAAAGCCUGUGUGUGUGUGUGUGUGUGUGUGUGUGUGUGUGUGUGUGUGUGUGUGUGUGUGUGUGUGUUUUGGUGGUAAUCACAAAUUCACUGAAUGUUUCACCUGAAUAUGGGUAUGUUCCAUAGUUUGUCCAUGUUUUUUUUGUUUCCUGAAAUAUGACAGAUUUUAAAGUAGCGAUACACCGAAUUAUCUUGCGCACACACACACACACACACACACACACACACACACACACACAUAUGCAAGCUUGAUGCAUGUCAUUGACAUGGUGUGAAUGCACUCAUUCAUUUUCUGUUUGCGUUACACACAUUUCCUUUGUGAAGAUGUUUGUUUUUUGUUUUCUUUUGAGGGGGCGGGGUGUGAUGGGUGAAUUUGAAAAAAACGAUCGUUCCCGCCUUUUCCUUAUCACUUGAUCGCGUUUGUUUGCGUUCCCGCUCUUUCUAACCGGCUGAUUGGAUCGCCGCGUCUUGUGUGUAAUGAUGUUGUGUUUCAUUUUUUCUUUUUGUGUACUUGAAUUACAGAUAUGCAAAUCUUUUGCCACACUGACCACUGCCAGCCCAAUCAACAUGAUCAGUAAUUAAGACGAUUAAAGUAAUUAGUAACCA